UCAGGUUAGGUUAGGUUAGGUUAGAUUACAUCAUGGAGUGGUUCGACCGCUGCGAGGAUGGAAGCUGUGUGAAAUUUUCAGUAUUCUAAAGACAUGCCUUUAAUUGUCAUAAGUCCGCAUUAUUUUGACUGGGUCAUGAAUAAUUUUAAUGAAAAUGUGCAAGCGUUAAAAAGACCUUCGACGUCAAUUUUAUAACCGUGGGAAAGAAAAGAGAGGUUAUGCUGCACGUGAGAGUUACGUUAACCUUUUGCCAACGGUGACACCUAAAAAUCUUUACAUAUAAAAGUGUUGGAAAAUGUCAAAUGAAAAACCGUGUCGGGCUUGUACGGACUUUAGGACUUGGGCGAAACGUCAGAAAGAAGUCUACGACUCGGAAAAGGAAGUGCAGAAAAAACAGGAUCAGACUCCAGUUACCAGUGAUAAAAGUACUCGAGACAAUUGUCCCUUAGACAAAGAUGAAUUAGGUUCAAAAUCUUGGGGCUUUUUGCAUACUAUGGCUGCAUAUUAUCCAGAUAAACCGAAUGAAAAACAGAAGACUGACAUGAAGAAUUUCUUUCACAUAUUUUCCAAAUUUUAUCCUUGUAAUAUAUGUGCGGAAGAUUUACAAGAACAGUUAAAACACUCACCACCAGAGACCGACUCGCAGGAAAAAUUGAGUCAGUGGUUAUGCAGAAUCCAUAACGAGGUGAACAAGAAGUUAGGAAAACCAGAAUUUGAUUGUAAAUUAGUAAAUCAAAGGUGGAGAGAUGGUUGGCUAGAUGGCUCUUGUGAUUGAAGAUAAGUAACGAUAGUAAUUUUGAAAUGUACAAUGGGACCUGAAUACAAAUACAAUUGUAUAGAUAA